UGCGACGGCAGCCCUCACUUGCCAAGGUUUCUGCCACAGGGUGCAGCUCUCCAGAAGUCCACAAUGAGCCAAUCGUACUCUAACACUCAGAGGGUCUCCUCUUACAGGAGGACCUUUGGAGGUGGAGCGGGGUCCCCCAGUCUCUCCAGGGCCACGUACUCUGGAAGAGGGUCCACCAGCGCAUCCUCGACAGCGUCCAGGGUCUACCAGGUGUCCAGGAGCUCGGCGUCCCCCAGCUUCUCCACGAUACGGUCCACCCGCAUGACCCCCGUGCGCUCCUACGUCGGCGGGGGGGAGACCCUGGAUUUCAGCCUGGCCGACGCCAUGAACCAGGAGUUCCUGCAGACCCGCACCAACGAGAAGGCCGAGCUACAGCACCUCAACGACCGCUUCGCCAACUACAUCGAGAAGGUGCGCUUCCUGGAGCAGCAGAACCAGACCCUGGUGGUGGAGAUCGAGAAACUGCGGGGCCGGGAGCCGACGCGCGUGGCCGAGAUCUACGAGGAGGAGAUGAGGGAGUUGCGCCGGCAGGUCGAGGUGCUCACGAACCAGAGGUCGCGCGUGGAGGUUGAGAGGGACAACCUGGCUGAUGACCUCCAGAAGCUGAAGCAGAGGCUGCAGGAAGAGAUUCAUCAGAAGGAAGAAGCUGAGAAUAAUCUGGCUGCCUUCCGAGCUGACGUUGACGCUGCAACUCUGGCCCGUCUGGACCUGGAGAGACGCAUCGAGACUCUUCAGGAGGAGAUUGCCUUCCUCAAGAAAAUCCACGAGGAGGAGAUCCGUGAGCUGCAGGCUCAGCUCCAGGAGACUCACGUCCAGGUGGAGAUGGACAUGUCCAAGCCGGACCUGACUGCUGCCCUGAGAGACAUCCGUGCCCAGUAUGAGAGUAUUGCUGCUAAGAACAUCCAGGAGGCUGAGGAAUGGUACAAGUCCAAGGUUUCAGACCUCAGUCAGGCUGCAGCCAAGAACAAUGAUGCCCUCCGACAGUCCAAACAGGAGGUGAUGGAGUACCGCCACCAGAUCCAGUCUUACACCUGCGAGAUUGACUCUCUCAAGGGCACUAAUGACUCCCUGUUGAGGCAGAUGAGAGAGAUGGAGGACAGGUUCAGUGGGGAGGCGGCUGGCUACCAGAAUACCAUCUCAAACCUGGAGGCAGAGAUUGCCAAUCUGAAGGAUGAGAUGGCACGCCACCUGCGAGAAUACCAGGACCUGCUCAAUGUCAAGAUGGCUCUGGAUGUGGAGAUUGCCACUUACAGGAAACUGCUGGAAGGAGAGGAGAGCAGGAUCACUGUUCCUGUACAAACAUUCGCUUCACUGAGUUUCAGAGAAACUAGCCCAGAGCAACACCAGCGGACAUCUGAAGUCCACUCCAAGAAAACAGUGUUGAUCAAAACCAUUGAGACCCGUGAUGGAGAGGGUAGCUUUGAGUAGCAGACGUGAGCAGAUAUGCUUUUCUGUCGUCAGUGAAUCCACACAGCAUCAGCAAGAUGUCAUUUAAAAGGAUAAUGGACGGCCAGACUCAAAUUCUCCCACCAAAAGCACAUGGACAAACAUAAACGUUUUAUGCAUGGCUUUGCUCACAGAAAACACUUCGAGCAGCGCAGAAGUCAAGUGAUCCUGACACGUUCACGGAAAAGAAAGAUGGAAAAAGUCACAGAAAGUCAGAAAAGUAGCAAUUAAUGUAUGUUCUCAUGUUUUUGAUGUUGUAGCACGAUGUCCAAGAAUCAAAAGAACAGGGAAUUAAGCAGUUUUUCAGUUAUCAGAUAGUCUGGCUAAGUGUAUGUUAAAUGUACUAAAGAACAAAAGUACAUUUAGUUGAUAAUAAAGGGAUAUCUUUGCAAUA